CCAACACAGCUAUUGCUUUCCGUGUUUUUUCGAUUUCGUUGGCACGGUGAUAAUUACAAAUCGUUUUUGAAUUGAGAGAUGCUUGACAAAGAUCAUAGUCAUAUGAAGGGCAUUCUUGAUCAAUACGAAGUGAUUAUUAUGUUUUUUCUAACUCACCAUAGGUUGUUGAAUGUUUGGGAAAAGGAUGUCAAGGGACAUCAUAUAAGUUGAGACGUCGAGAUAAUUCCGAAUAUUUUGUAUUAAAGAUGGUGAGAGAAAAUUUCACAUUCAGAAUCCUGGAAAAAGAUAGAGUGUAGAAGUCUAGACCAUGGAUAUUUAUUGUGUGAGGAGUUUUAUCAUAUUCAGAAGUUCAUACAUCCAUACUUACCAAGAAUUUUAGAAAUUCAUAUGUCAAUGAACUCAGAAGUAAACUUCAUUUUUCAUAUUACCUGUGUCAAGAACUCGGCAAUUUAUGUGUUUGUUAUCCGUAACUAUAUCGAUCUGCCAAGUUUAGACUCCAUAAUUAAAGACAACAUAGAAAAAUCUAGGUUGGAGUGGAAUGUAAGAAAUACAGUUUUAAAUAUCUACCUUAAGGAAAAAUAGUUAAUAUACCGAAUGUUUGGAAGCGUACUGACUGUCAUAACUUCACUGAAAAAAGCGAAUUGUGGCUCUAUGUAACUUGUUCAUAGGUUAACCCUGUUAAAGCUAUUUUCAUCCUGGUAAUAUUUUUCUCAGUGAGAAAGGAUUUUUUAUGACGGAUAUUUGGGGUCCGAAUCUGAUGAAGUAUGCUCGUGGAGUAGAUGUUUAUGUGCAAUCAUUUGAAUACAUAAUGAAUCCUGAUCUUUUAGGUGAAUUCGCCAUUGAAUGUCCUCCUGAUGAACUCCCACGAAGACGUUUACCCAGAUACAUUGAAUGGUGUGCUCCUGAAGCAAGUCAGUUUGAAUUUACUGAUAAAUCUGAUGUAUGGACUUUGGGGUGUAUAAUCACCAUUUUAAUAUAUAUUAAAUAUUUAUUCAAAAAUAAAGAGAUUUUAGCAGUUGAUCAACUCAAAGCAAAAGAAAAUAUAUUUCACCAUUUAUCGUCUACAGAAGAAUUAGAAACACACAAAGAACUGUUUAAGUUACUUUCUCAAAUGAUGAAAAACAAUCCAUCUGAGCGUAUAAGCUUAAAUGACCUUUUAGACGAUUUAUAUGUUCAAGUACUUUUGAAACAUACAAAUCCAGAAUUUAUUAUGAGAGCUAAACGAUGCAUUGUAACAGUAGCUGACAAACCGUUCCCAGUGAAUGAUACUAUGGAAGCAAAAAUCAAAUAUCUUCAUGUCAAUUGGCAACAUGAGAAUUGUAUUGAGAAAGCUGUUGUUUGGUUUGCAGAAAAUAUUCUAAACGAUAAUCAUAUUAACUUAACACAUAGAUUGUCAUCUCAUUUAUUUCAGCUAAUGUAUUUACAUCAAGCUAAUUUGUCAAUUAUUACAUCAUCUUUAAAGAUAAUAAUUCAUUCAGUUGAAAAUGAACAGUUACAAUCUAUGUUAACAUGUUCAAGACAUCCUUGUGAGGAUGUUAGUAACCGAUCUUUUUCUUCUUCUUCUUCUUCUUCUUCGUCUUCAUCAUCAUCAUCAUCAUCAUCAUCAUCUUUACAUAAACUAUUAAAAGAAAGUAACCACUUUAAAAAGAUUUGUAAAAUAAACAAUUUACAUCUUGUAUUAAUCAUAAUGCAAAACUAUUUACAACAUGUCAAUGUACAGAGAUUAGGCUUAAAAUUUUUCAAUUCACUUAUCCAUAGAAAUUAUUCUACAUUUAUUAAUUUAAAUAUAAUAAAUGAUUAUUUACAAAUAAAUAAUAAAAUAUUUAAAAAGCUUCAUACAAUUAAUUUAUGUCAUCAUUUGAUUGAAUUAUUGAAUUAUACAACUAAUAAAGAUAUAAUUAAAAUAGGUAUUAGUUAUUUAUGGAAAUUUUGUAUCUAUGAUAAAAUUAAAAGGCAAAUUACAGAAUACAAUAAGUUAAUGUAUAUUCUACUGCAUGGUUUAAUUCAAUUUAAAAAUUUACCCAUAACUAUUUGGAAUAUAUGUCUAUGCUUACAAAUUGUGAUAUCUUUGUCUGAAUAUUUUGCUUUACAAUUUACUGAUGAAAUGGAAGAAGACGAAUCAAAGAACGAGAAGAAAAAUGGAUUUGAUAUAUUAUAUUUAAUUUAUAACAUACAUCCUGAUAAUACAACGAUUACUGAAGCAUUACUUAAACCAAUCACAUCACUAAUGAAAUAUGAGUCUUAUAGAUAA